AGGAUCAUGUCUGCUUUAAAGACUCCCGAAUCUCGAUUGUUAAAUACUAUAUUGCUUUCUGCUUGGAAGUUUGCUGAUAAGAUGGAGUGGGGCUUAACCAGCUGGUAAUAUUUACGACAAUGUGCUGAUGAGUGGCCUUCGAGUUGAUUAAAACUUGCGCUAAUUUAUCCAAUUUAUUUCCCGCUGUGCAAUGCUUUACAUUUACAUAUAAUUUAUAAUCAGCGCGAAUUUACGAACCAAUGAAUUCGUUGUCUCUAUCGUGCGCAGAAUCGAUGUAGCUUUUUGGUAGAUUUUUUGUGUUCAUUCGGUAUUGGCAUCAGUGGCGGGAACAAAGAGAAAAGUUGUAAAGCUUUCGCGGCUGAUAGAUUUGCAUUGUUUACAUUGUUGUCGCGAGCUCGUAGAUUUUGGUUAUGUUGGAAUUAUUAUUCAAUAAAUUGACAAAUAGCAUUGACAAUUAAAAUAUAAAUUUGCAUUAAUAAGAUAGGUAUAUGAUAAAAAUAUGAGUUUGUGGAGAGAAGAUUCAGCAGACUAUUUAAUACAUACGACACAAUUAAAGAAGUUUUAUUUGGGACUUACUCUGGCUAUUCUUUCUAGUGGUUUUAUUGGUGCGAGUUUUAUUAUAAAAAAGAAGGCUUUAAUUCGAUUACAGAAAUAUGGAGGACUUAGAGCUGGUGCGGGUGGAUUCGGUUAUUUAAAAGAGUUGAUAUGGUGGGCUGGUUUAUUGUCAAUGGGUAUUGGAGAGGCAACCAAUUUUGCUGCGUACACACUUGCACCUGUGACAUUGGUUACACCACUGGGUGUGCUCAGUGUUUUAGUAUCGGAAAUACUGGCAUCGAAUUAUUUAAAUGAAAAUUUAAAUUUAUUAGGAAAGAUUGGUUGUCUAUUAUCCAUCUUAGGAUCAACGGUUAUAGUCCUUCAUGCUCCGAAACAAGAACAAAUAGAAACGAUGGAUGAUUUUUUAUUUAAGUUACAAGAUCCUUCAUUUAUAAUUUAUUUAGGUUUUAUAAUAAUUGGUUGUCUGUCGGUUGUUUUUUAUUUUGGUCCAAUGUCUGGCAAGCGAAAUGUCAUAAUUUACAUUCUCUUGUGUUCAUCGAUCGGCUCUUUAACGGUUAUGAGUUGUAAAGGCCUUGGAAUAGCAAUAAAAGAAACGAUGAAUGGUAAAAGUGAAAUGGGAAAUGGUCUUACAUGGAUUUUAUUAUUUUUGCUUAUUCUGUGCAUUAUGAUUCAAAUGAACUAUCUUAAUAAAUCAUUGGACUUAUUUAAUACCAGUAUUGUAACGCCAAUUUAUUAUGUAUUUUUUACAACGUUUGUACUAACCGCAUCAGCUAUAUUAUUUAAGGAAUGGGAGUCGAUGAAGACGGAAGACAUCGUAGGUUGCUUUUGCGGAUUUUUCACUAUAAUAAUUGCAAUAUUUUUGUUGAAUGCUUUUAAAGAUUUAGAUAUUACUUAUACCGACGUUCAAAAAAUAUUUAGGCCAAAAUGGGAGAGCAGCAGUAAUUAUAAUUUGAGGUGGAAUAAUUUUCUCGACGAUAGUCAGAACAGAUUUGAUUCGGAGCAUAAUUAUAGUAGCAGCAUCACUCGAUCCAUGUAAUGCUUUAUUAACUAAGUGCGUUGUGU